AUGACUGGAAACUCCACGAGGAUGAUGACGAUCUGUAAGGGACGCAGCUUUUUCCCCCUCAUCAAAGAUAACAACCUGAGACCUCGCAGCCAAUGCAGGACUUUACCUUUGAAUUGCGCUCCCCGUUGGAUUGAGGAGAGCUGCAGUGACACGGAUAAAUACUCCACCGUCCGUCAUGUCUCACGGCCUGACUCCCGAGCAGAGUCUGAGCACUGUGCCAGCCAUCCUACACACCCUGGUACGACCCACUCUGACCAACACUCGCAGGACCAGGGUCAAGGGAGAGCGAGAGCAGUGCGCUCUGGGCCUGCAGAGACUGUGGCCCGGGAUUCCGACCUGUCCGAGGGGACUUCGCCGUCCAACGAGUACGGAACGCAAAGGGAGAUUUGUCACGGACUGCCUCCAACUCCCAAAGUCCACAUGGGAGCAUGUUUCUCCAAGGUGUUUAAUGGAUGUCCUUUGAAGUUGAAUUGCUCCGUCUCCUGGAUCCACCCAAAGACGAGAGAUCAGUAGUUAAUCCUGGGGAGU